CCUAUUGUUAAAACAAUGUUUACAGAUAAAAAAAAGAUUGAAAAAUUCAACGCGGAAAUUAUAUCAAGAGUAACCACUUUUCUCGACUUGUCGUCUAUUUUACAACUUACACUCACUUCGAAAUCCUUUUGUCACUUAAUGAAAGACGAAUUUGUAUUCAAGCGUCUUGUUGAACGAGACUUUGGCAUAACUGAUAAAAAACCAGAAGAGUCAUGGGUCACAAUCUAUAAGCAAUUAAAGACAGGAAAUGAUCAAACAACGACGAUGAAUGGCAAUGAUUGUCCUCAUCACUUGGAUUAUCCUGAAGCAACAUCAGCAUUAAUAAUAGAGAUCAAACGCGUUCUCUAUAAAAGCUAUCAACAGAAUCCUUCUCUAUGUGAUAUCUGUCAAACACAAAACGCCACUUAUUUAAAUAUGCACCCUGGUUGCCAUAGUGAAGCGUGUCGUACUUGUUUAGAUAAUUUUGUAGAUGAUGAAGAGCAUUAUCCCAUUCAAUUAGAAUUAGAUACAGGCAAUUUAUACUGCUUUCAAUGCACACAAGGCCAGCCCUACAAAAUUGACGGAUCAUCAAAGACAAGUACGAUAUUGCAAAGUUUAAAUGCACCAGAAUCAGACCAAGAAUUAGACUUGAGACGUAAAGCCGAACACUUACUUUAUAUUCAAGAACUAAGACGAGAGGAGAUGUCACUAAAACAUUAUUUUGUGGAAAAGCAAUGGGGAAGAUUGUGGAUGUUGUUUAGAACACGUGAAGGAUCACCAUUGCCUGGACGCGUCACCAAUAACAAAUUAGCGCGUAGUAAUGGCACGCUUGAUCCAAAUAUUCGAUUACCUAUGGACAAAUACCGCCCUUCACCAGAGACUCAUGCCGACAUUGUAAGUGUAAAGCUCUGGAGAUAUCUGGAAAAGGCUUAUGGUGUUCAAGGCAAAGCUUAUAAUGAAGAUGAUAUUAUUGCACCUGAAUAUGCAAGAUUGAGAGUUUAUGUAGACGAUUUCAAAAAGAGCAUUGAUCUUUAUCCUUGAGUCUUUUUUGUUUAUUUUUUUAAUAAAGAAGAAGAAAAAAGAGACGUU